CUGAGGGAUAUGGCUAGACCCGUGAUUAUGAUGAUGCUGUGACACGCGGGUGUUGGGACAGCGAUCAAGGGCGGCUAGAAAUUUCAGAAGUGCAGGAUGCCGCAGGGGAGCGUUCAUUGGCAAGGGACACAGAGGCGAGCUUGCGGACCUGGUGCUCACUGGAACGUUCAGGUGGUAAAGGGAAAAGUAACAACGCGAUGCCUGUGGCACGCCUGCAAAGCCCUGGGAAUAGGCCUCCUACUGAUGCUAUUGGGUGCCUGCAUGGCUACGAUAGGCUACUACGCUGACCAGUUGUCCGUGGCACAGGAGAUUAGAGGGAAUAUCACCGUUAAAGUGAAGAAUGAAUCGAGGGGAUUUCACCUCAAUAAUCUGAGCUACGCCGGGCCAAUCGUCAUGGGUGUGGGAGGUUUCAUCGUAGUGGCAGCAUGUGUGAUGACCUUCGAGGCGCGCGAUAGCGCGGCAAAAGUCGUGCCGGCGCGAUUUCGCUUCAACCAGGGCUCGACGCUCAAGUACGCGCGCCACCAGCGGCCGCGUCGGUCAACCUCGAGUCAAACAACAAAGUGGGACCACCAAUUGGGUCUCUUUCGCGUGAACAGGACCCCGAGCCCGAGUACCCACGAGAUAUCCCGUAAAGCCCUCACCGCGGAGUUCGUGAGGUUCUCGAAGAACCUCGGGGACAAGGGAGUGCCGGAGCAUCCGAUUAAGAAGAGUCCUAGUGCACCGUCAUUAGUCAUGAAGAAGUCUCCGUCGAGACGGAAAACAUCGAAAUUCGCGGCAUGCGCGUUACUAAAUCCCGAGCUUCUGCAGAGGCACGCGGUUUCCGUGGAUAAUCCUGGGUACAGUCCUCCGAGGGUCAGUCGGGAGAGCUUGGAUAAUAAUAAGAUGAACGGCAGUCAAGUGUCCAUGGCGAUGGACCUCUAUAUACCAAAUAAAGGACCGGUUACGCUCAAGAUUAAGGACAGAUCGGACACUGCCAAACGCCAUCAGCUCCUUCGGCAGGGGAAAAUCGAGGACGUCGAGGAUGAAGAAGCUAAGAGAAUUCUGUCGAGGAGACAACAUCAUUCGGAUUCAAUAGCCAGCCCAAUGGGAGCUUACAGCCGAUAUCCACCCGACUUUGUGCCCCGCAAAAGAGCCUCAAUAGACCUCCGAUUGACGGAUGAAUACGGUGCCAUGGGUAUCCUGAGUCGCGGCAGUUCGCCCAGGGACUUCCGUAAAACCUCGUCCCCGAAUUUCCGUAACAUGUCGUUCGACAGGUCAUCAAGUAGAAAAGCCAGCCUCGAGUUCCGGCGGAGCCCGGACUUCCGUAGGGCUGACUACAGGCUAGUUACACUCAACGAUAAAUCAAUCACCAAACUUCUCGGUGUAUCUAAUUCUGCUGAAGUGAGGUCCAGGGCAAAUACCGGUGAGAGUAGACGACAGCGGCAGAAGCUUAAUCACUCAAAGUCCGAUGAUAACCGGAGGAGAUCUUUUGAUCGCCACAGGAGGGACUCUCAACAGGCCAGCAGACACUCACUCAACACACCAGUUGUUGUUGAAGGCUGCGGACCUGAAUAUGAAUUGAAGUACUUCACUAGUUUAUCAUUGGAGAAGGAGGAACGAAGAUCGAGUGUUACGGAUUCCAGUCACGUUGUGGAGAUUGAGGAGACGGAAGUUCAUGAUGCUAAUGUUUCGGAGGAAUGUAUCGCGGAUGAUGCAUUGCUGGAGGAGCCGGAGUUGGAGAACAUGAAUGAUGUGGAGGUGGGGAAGGAUGACGGAGCUUUGGAGGAUGAACGGCGGGAAAUCGAGCAGGACGGGGACUCGAGGGAGGUUCUGCUGAAGGUUGAGGAGUGAAGUACAUUGAAUCCUCAGGUUUGAGUCAUUGGUUUCCGGACGGAUGCCCCGUCUGCAGUUUAAGGGCUGCACUGGAAAAACUAAUGUCUGAUUGAGACGCUUUUGGCUCCAGAUUCAAGGCAUUUUUGGGGUCUGUAAUUUCGACAUUGGCCCAGUCAUUCCAGACCUUUUAGGGGUUUUGAAUUUAUGAUUUCGUAUUUCUUCUUCUGAAUUCUUCAUUCGUGUUCUCUCAAUGGUCGAUUGUGUUGCAAUUUGGAAUUAUGAAAAUACUGACGAAAAGUGGUUUCUUCAAAAUAACAUUUGACAUUUUCACGCCCUUCUGAUCCAGCAAUGGUACUACGUUUGAGUUAAUUUGGCAUCUCCAACCCUCCCAGUAAAUUCAGAACGUCAAUAAAUUUAAAGAAGAUAGAUAACUCACUAAACAUCUUAUGAUUCCAGGUCUUAAUGGGAUUAAUAUCUUGUAGUUCUGCCGUCAUAAAUGACUAAUGACUGAAUAGUCCUCAAGUGUCUUGAAUUGAGACAGAAAAAAAUGUCUUAAAUUUGGUGACUUGCACUUCAAGACAUUAUGAAAGUGUCUUGUCUAUCAAACGUCUCGUUUUUAUGAUUCAGCCAACCAGAUUUAUCAAUUGAUCGGGUCGACAAUUAAAAAAAGCGAGGGGUUCCUUCCAACGGAACUACAUUGAAUGCUAUUUGAAGCGAUGUCAAACGAAGUUGAAGCACCGACAAGUGAUACUCCUCUUUAAUACGCCCCAAGAUGGGCUGGGGGAUCUUGAAAGUCGGUGUUGAAAAAAAACACGUGAAGGAGAUUUUUGAAAUGAAAACUAGAGAAACAGACGAGUGAAAUCAUCACAGCUAUCAAGAGAUGAAUCGCGGAUGAUGUGCAUUAUUCAGUAAAAGCGAGUGUAAAUUUAUCUCGAGGGGGAAAAUGUCAUUUCCAGGUUUCGAAUGCGGAUAAAUGUGAAUUGAAGGCACUCGUGAUAAUGAGUCCACUCGUGAAACGACUCUGAUGACAUUUUCUGGGGAGAAUUUUCCAGUGCCAGCUAUAUCCAACGUCACGAAUUGCGUUUUUGUGAUGGGACAAUCAAUUUUUAAGAACGAAUGUUCGAUUUUUUGACGGAUUGUUUGUUAUCUCUCAAUUGUUCUCUUUCAUUUUGUCUUUCACCAUUUGUGGGUGAAGCUCAAACUGCCAUACGCAGAAGACGGGGGACAAUAGUCUUUCGGUUUGGUGACGGGAGGAGACGGAUGAAGGUGACAUGAUGGGGCACUCUUUCAAUUGGAUAAUGGAAGGAGCGGAUGUCAUUCACAUGGCCGUUCAGGAAAUGGGGUCGGGAGGUGCAUUGUGCAUGCUCUGGCCUACGGGGAAAUUCGAUUUUUGAGGCAUCCUGAUGUUUCGAAGAUUUUUAGAGGGGUUUUUUCAACGAAAGUUGCCAUUUUAUGUAAGAAAACAAUAUGCUCCACGCGAGAAUAUUUGAUGGAGUGGAACAGAUUUAAUUGAGGGAAAUUAACCAACUUGAUAGAAGAAAAUUUGAUAGCU